UCCCAUUCGGGCAGCGGAGGCAGCCACUACCAACCUAAGAUCAGUCGUUCACUAAACCCCGAGCGAAAAACAAACGAGCGGAGCGACCGUUGAUCGGCGCAUCGUGCACGCGUAUUCGACGAUCUUCCUGUUGUUUUCUUUAUUUCGUGUUGUCCCGUGAAUCAGCGCGCGUGCAUGCGUCUCUCUCAUGACAGAAAUUAAAAGAGGACGGCCCCGGGCACGUUCGUCAGCCGUGCCGAUUUACAUUCCAUCGUUAUCAACGCUUGGUUUUCUCGAUACUGACAGCUCAGAGCAACGUUAUCGUCGCAGCCACAAGUGCUCGGAUGUAAAUAGAAGGAAACCGCUACUGUCAGUCUGCCUGCAGUAUCAAACUACUCGCACACGACAUACACGGUCCUGUGACGUGCGGGCGUCCAGUGACGACACUAGGAGCAAAAAAUUUUAAAUAGUUUCUUUUCCAUUUACGUUGAUCCUCUUCGUAAUCCUGAUCGCAAAAAAUGUGAGGUUUCCUCUUGAAACGUUCAAGUGCUCAUCUGUUUAUCUCUACAGUGAUAAAUGUUCAAAAGUGACAACAAAAUUUUAUCUCAAGUUGAACGUUUUGUUUCUGUGAAUUUGUGUUUCGUGGAAAACAGCGAACACAAAGUGCAUCUUUCUUCAUAGGCAUCGUUAAAUAAACAGAAAGUGGUGUUCAGUUUUUGAAAGUACGCAAAAAGUAAGAGCCGUUACGCUUAUUAUUAAGCAUACAAACACACUUUCUUCUCGAACUCUUCUUCGAAAGGUAAUAUCUACAUUCAAGUGAAAGAUGUUUCUUCGUUAUUGAUCUUGAAGAUCUAAGUGACGAUAAAUAAUAUUUUCCGAAUAUUCUACACAAGACAAACAACGUGUCGUUAAUACUAUAGAGUCGGCUCGAGAAGUCUCCUCUCAAUCUUUCCAAACUAAAGCCGCCGGGCACACGGACGCCUCGAUACGGCCCUGUUCAAUGGCCGCGCGGACUUUGCAUCCGUUUUGUUGGCAGUAGUGCGCAUAGUAGUAUUCAGUGCGUCGUGCGAAAAGCAGUGGAGCUUGGCGAGGUCGCCUUUUGCGUUGGCACGGAGAUUCUUCGGUGCGUGUUUUCGGUCGCGUUCCCGGGCCGAGGGAAUCUUGUACGAUCAAACGCCUCCGUGUCGACCCGUUCACGCCGCGGCCGAACGAAAGUGAUGAAGUGCGACUCUGUGCGCGAACGUGCAGGGCGUAGCCAGUCAUCGUGGAAAAUCGCCUGAAAACGAGGGACGGAAAGGCAGUGCGUGACAGUCGGGAAUCUGCCAUUGGAAAGGAUAUCUUGUUAUCUUUUUCGCACCAGCAGCGUUUCGCGUACCUUACUCUCGUGCGGGCUGGCCGCUGCAUGAUCGUCAUCGCCGCUUAUCGUCAUCCUUUCUCUCUCUCGUUCUCUCUACCCCGCCUCCUGUCUCUCUCCUCCGUUGGUUCUCUUUCUCUAGCGUCUUAUUCCGUAACACUACCCAUCCCGUGCCACUUCGUGCUCGUGCUGCACAACGCGAGACCGAGAGGAACGUCCACGCCACGCAUGGUGCAGCCCCGAUCGCAACAGAGUCGCCAAUUCAAGUACGAGGUGAACGAUCAACAUGAACAGCAGAUGACUGUUGGCCGAGCUGUUGCUCGUUCGACUUUAAUAUGAGUGAAGUAGUUGCUGUUACACCUAGUGCUGGACCGACACGCCAGGAAAGCGUGGCACACGUCAAACGGCAUAAAUUAACCAACUGUAAUGUUCCUCUUGUGCACGGACGGACGAAUCCACCGAUCAACAACCGUAACAGGCUGACCACUCAUCAACGGAAUCACAGUUUGGACUUUAGGUCAAUGGGUAUUCUGUUGCCGCCAGUUCCGCAGGCGAGCGCGACGACGCUGACGCAUCACCACAGAAAUCGAAGUCUCGAUUCCGCGUUGCAACGUAUCCCGGAAGUGGACGUUACGCCGAGCCCGGAAUGCGAGACGACACCGGCCCCGGCAGCUAAGGCCGCAGUGCCGGCGUGCAAGGUGCGCAGCCGGGAACGCGAGGACCUCGCCAGCCUCGGGUCUGAUGACUCGGGUAUACUUUGCGGUUCCGACAGCGGAUCCAGCGACGCGACCAACGCGGCGACCAGAGAGUCGAGCGUGGACCACCUCCACAGCCGUGAGAGCCUCGACUCGUCGUUGUCGCAACCUGGUGACAUGGAUGGCGUCGACGUGGUGGACGGCGAGGACAACGGUUGCCCCGUGUCCGCGGUGUCGGUGUCCUCGGUGUCAGUGUCGGUACCAGUGUCGCCAGUGGAACUGGUGCAUUUAAGUGAACCUACAUCGAAAAACGGUGAACACGGUGACCGUGGCGAACCCAGCGAACAUGGGAACGCGAACAGUGAGUCCGGUUCACAGGAACUGCGGUCCGGUAGCGCGGUCAAAGAACUCGAGGCGCACGAGUACCAGCGCGAGGAAUUGUGCACCGAAAUGGCCGUGACCGUAGAUGCGCGGGACUUCCAAAAUCCGUUGGAAGUGCUGCCUGUGAACGAUAAACAGUGCGAGCUAGCCGGCGCGGCUAUGACGUUGUGUUGCGGCACGACCGUCCAGUCCGAGGCCAAUGAGGCAGCCGUUAAGAAACAGUCCGGUGUCGUUUGUCGAAGACAGGAGACGGUGCAACCGAAACCAUCUGAGGGAUGCUUGCUCAGAUUAUUCGAGAGCCAGAUUUUCGACAUGUCGAUGGCUAUUUCUUAUCUUUUCAAUUCGAAGGAGCCUGGCGUUCAGAGUUAUCUCGGGAACAAGAUGUUUAGUUUCCCAGAUCCCGAUGUGGACUUCUAUCUACCACAAUUGGUUGUAAUGUACAUACAACUGCACGAUGUUACAGAAGUCCUGUAUCCAUAUCUUGUCCAUAGGUGUAGACAGUCAGCAGAUUUUUCUUUAAAAUGUGCCUGGCUAUUAGAUGCAUAUAGUUCUGAUGCUCAUUUGCCAUCCAAGAAGAAGUCUCAUGGGACCAAACUAAAAAAUCUUAUUCUCUCAGAUGAACUCAGGCCAAAAGGAAAUGAGAAUAAGAAGCAACGUGUAGCUGGUUUGCAGACACCGACCCCACCGUCAUUAACUACAAUGCAAAGCAUUACAUCUCCUAAUAAAAAGACACACCAAAGAUCUCAGUCGGAUGCCACUGGACUAUUUCAAACAUUACGUCGUAGCCAUUCCGGUACAAUAAAUAAAGUAAGUCUUGGGGACCUGAGCUCUGGUCGAGCAUUUGACAAUGGUUGUACCUGUUUUUAUUCCUGCCAAGGUGUGGUAAACGAUUUACGAGGACAAAAAACCGACUGCUUUUGCAAUGCGCCACGUCUUGCUCCAGAACUUGAAUUUAUACAAGCACUAAUAUCAAUUGGUAAAUUGCUUGGAACUAUUCCAACGAAAGAAAGUAAAACCGUUCAAUUAAUAGCGGAGCUUAAUACUCUCAAUUUGAAUCUCCCUGCAAGGGUGUGGCUUCCUUUGCACAGUUCAGUACCACAUCAUAUCGUACGAGUGCCACCGCAAUACGCUGCUGUCCUAAAUAGUAAAGAUAAGGCACCCUACAUAAUUUACGUUGAAGUGUUAGAAGUAGAGGAUAUUUAUACAUCUCCUGUACCGACGAAGAUAGUGGGACACUCGUUAAGGCAUACGAAAUCCGAAGAAAAUUUAACCGGAGGUGAACAAUCCACUGUGAUUGCUUCAUCAAACAUAUCCACUUCAGAAUCACAACAAAAUAUGCCACCGAUCAGGCAAACUCCGGUCAAAAAUACUUCCCCUUAUUCAGUGAGAAGUACAGAUGUCGCAUUUACCUUUCCUGAUGAUGACCCUAACGAUUGUUGGAGUCAAGAAGACGAUGAAAUCACUCAACAGUAUUUGCAACUCCGUAAACCUAAAGACCGAGACACGAUAUCUCAAUUGAGCCAAGAAUCAUCAGAUAGUAAAGAACCGAUAUUUGUGCCUGGUGAUAUAAAGCGACGGUUGAGCGAAAUGGCCGCUGCGCCGAGUGCAACUUUCAAUCAUGACCCGGAAGAUCCGUCGGCUGCGGUGUUGAAAGAACCGUGGGAAUUAAAGCAACGUCGUAUAAGGGCUUCCAGUCCGUACGGUCACCUCGCAUCUUGGAGACUUCUCGCAGUCAUUGUGAAAUGCGGCGAUGAUCUACGACAGGAACUCCUCGCCUCACAACUACUUUCGAUGCUUCAAAAAAUCUGGCAAGAGGAACAAGUACCUCUUUGGGUGCGGCCGUACAAAAUUUUAUGCUUGUCUAAUGAUAGCGGUUUGAUCGAACCAAUUUUGAAUACUGUAUCACUACACCAAGUGAAGAAACAGUGCCAAUUAACGCUUGUGCAAUACUUUGAACGAGAAUUCGGCCCACCCACAUCAGAAACAUUUAUCACCGCACAGAGGAAUUUCAUUCAAAGUUGCGCGGCAUAUUGUCUUGUCUGUUAUCUCAUUCAGGUCAAAGAUCGUCAUAAUGGGAAUAUACUGCUCCAUAGUGAUGGUCAUCUGAUACACAUAGAUUUCGGAUUUAUUCUGUCAACUUCGCCGAGAAAUUUGGGAUUUGAAACUAGCCCAUUUAAAUUAACUCCCGAGUUUGUGGAGGUGAUGGGCGGAAGUCAAUCUAAACAGUUUCAAGAAUUCAAAACUCUGAUUCUUCAAGGAUUAAUCGCGGCACGGAAACACAUGGAAAAGAUUGUUAAUCUGGUGGAAAUCAUGUUAUCUGGGUCACAACUUCCAUGUUUCCGUAGUGGCGGGGCAGCAACGGUUCAAGGAUUAAAAAACAGAUUCCAUCUUACAUUGACGGAAGAUCAAUUACGCCGACAUGUGGAGGACUUAGUCGAAGCCAGUAUCCAUUCAUGGUCAACUAAAUUGUACGAUCGGUACCAAUAUUUCGCAAAUGGCACCCUUUAAUAAUAACAUCAACCUUUGUCUUUAUGUGAGAAAGAGAAUGAUUUUUACGAGAGAGCGCGUGAUUGAGUUUGAGGAUACGUGGUAUUUCUUCCAUGAAAGCGUAUAAAUCUUUAUAGCAUUCCGUGAGCACAAAUUAUCUCUGAAUCGAAUUAUUUGAUGUGCGGUGCAGAUAGUAAUUGAGAUACAUAGGGAAAUGCUAUCUAAAAUGUAGAUUUAUUCCGAAUAGAAUAUAGGCUGAUUUCGAUAGAUUAAUUUUACUUCGUCUUAAAUUAUUCCUUAGUUUCUCGAUCAAAACCAGAUAGUCGACUUUGAUAAAUGAAAAAUAUAAUGUACAAACACAACACGCUUGUCGAUAAUUAUGAACGAUUUGCAAAAAUGCAUAUGGUUCGCAAAAAUUGAAUACUUUGUUAUAGACGAAAUAGCAAAAGAAACAGGGAAUAAUUUACGAAAUUUUAAUUGUUACGUUAAGCAAUAUGGAGUAUGUAUAAUUGGUUUUGUUGUAUACGUUCAAAUGACUAUGUAAGCCUUAUCGGCAAACUGCGAGUUACCUACCGUCGGUGCAGACUUCGUGACAUUGACUGAAUGUUGGACUGCUAGAAUCGUUAUAGCCUAUAACAGCGUAAUUUGUUAAAGGUGCCUUAUUUGUAGAGAAAAUGGCGGAACGAUCGAAUCCGAACACAGUGAAGUGACUACGUAUGUUGAUCAACCGGGAGAAAAAAAAGAAACUGAUCUAUUACGAAAAGGACAAUCUAUAAUUUGUACAUAAAAAUACAUUGCGUGAACUUUUGUCGAACUCCUUUCGUAGUUAAUUUUCGGCAAUAACCGAUCCCACCACGAUGGUAGUGAUUAAAUAAUCACACGGUGUUUUAAGAUUCUAUUACGAGGAAUCUUCGAGCGGAAGAAGCAUGCAAAACUGGCUCAGAUAUUAGCAGGAGACGAAUACUCAAAAUAUUUCCUACUUUAUAGAUUAAUACUAUUAUAAAUACAUUUAAUUGUAAUGAUACGCUAUAAGGAUUAAUUAUUAUUAGUAAAAGUUUAAGGAUCACAAUUUGAAAGUUUUUACAUGUUCUUAUUACAUGCAUACAACAUUAAUAGUCAUAAUGCGAGAUAUCUUAGUUGUGUGAAGAUAGUUAUUUAAUGGUAUUUCUGCGUUAAGUAUAUGUUCGUUUAAAUAAGUAAAUUAUAAAAGUAAAGAGGUAUUGUAUAUACAGUGACAAAUUUUAUCACCUAUCGGUUUAAGAUUCAAUUGAGAAUGAAUGUACGAAGCAAAAUCAAAGUCACCGCGAAACAGCCCAUGUAUAAAGCUUGGGCCAUCUGACUUCCAAGUGUCUUAAACUUUCUUUCUUCUGUCUCAUAACCGUCUCAUGAAUAGAAAGGCGGAUCAGAGAUUCAGAAUAAUUGAUAUUGCAUAACGCUCAAUAAACUUUGCAUUUUAAUACCAUACGUUUGCGUAAUCUUCGUUGCACUAAUUUCUGUUGACUAUUCUGUGCAAUUCUUCUGUUUGUCAUAAAAAACUGUAAUUGUUACGAAGAAGGUACCGUUUCAUUAAUUUCGUAACAAUAAAUUUUACUCUUUUCUAUAUAAAUGAAAACGUUAAUAUCUCUGAUUUGCCUGAUUCUUUCGCCUCCAAUUAUGAGCUACUGAUAAUAUCAAUUAUUAAAUAAAUAUGAAAUCCAAUCAAACCUAUUUUUGAUUGAUAUACCCAAAAUAACCUAACCAGGGACUUAAAACCAAAUUUUAUUUCAUUAGUUACAUGUUUAAUGUUAGACCAGACUUAGUUCGAAUAAUUGAUUACCACUAGAAAUAGUAACUGAAGUAAUUAAUAUAAUUUUGAAAUUUUCUAUUUCCAAAUGUGUCCCUGAUUUCAACUAAAAUAACAUAUCGAGUACAGAAUAUAUUAUGUAUAUAAAAAUGCAAGAGAACUCAAAGAUAUUCAAAUUUUUAUUAAUUGUACAUCGAUCGCUACACAACGCUUUUUUAACUAACAACAUUAAGUAAAUAAUCGAUUCUAUAAAUACAUAUUAAGAUAUCAGUCAUAAAAAAUUCGGGAAGUACAGAUGUACAUACAUAUAAUUGAUGUAUAUGACAAUGAAAGCAUAAGUAUCGUAAAUAUCACAAUAAGUCAUGAUUACAGAGAUCAUACAAAUGUCUUAUAUUCUAGAGAGCUGUUGUAAUAAAUUAGAAGGCAUAAUCGCUUCUAAUUUGUCUAAAAUAUAAUAAAAUGGAUGUGAAAACCAGGCAAGCAUUGAUCGUGCUACUACACCCAUAGUAUCGGGAUACUGAUGCGUUAAAAGUGCUAGGAGUGCUGUAAAGGAACAUAAACCUGCUGUAAACAAAAUAAAAAA